AUGGCUCAAAUCAAUGGGAGCUUCGUCUCCCCGUCGGCAGAUGCGACAGUCAUCCCCCAGUUCAUCGCUUCCGCCGGUUUUCUGAACUCGGUCCUCGAUGGCCUGACCGUUUGGAAAGUGCUGGGAACACUGUUUCUCGCGGCCGUGAUCUACGACCAGUUGAAAUAUCACUAUCUCAAGGGCAACAUCGUCGGACCAGUCUACAAGAUCCCCUUUAUGGGCCCGUUCUUGCAGUCUGUUAACCCAAAAUUCACCGAGUACAAGGCGAAAUGGGACAGCGGCGAGCUGAGUUGUGUCUCCGUCUUCCACAAGUUCGUCGUUAUCGCGUCAACUCGUGACAUGUCCCGCAAGAUCUUCAAUUCCCCAACCUACGUGAAGCCCUGUGUUGUCGAUGCUGCUCACAAGCUCCUCGGCAAGACCAACUGGGUAUUCCUGGACGGCAAGGCCCAUGUUGACUACCGCAAAGGUCUGAAUGGCCUAUUCACUCGUCAAGCCCUAACUACCUACCUUCCUCGCGUCGAUGAGGUUCUCACCCAAUUCUACGAUCGCUUCCUCGAGAAGUCCGCCUCUCUUGACCACAAGCCCACUCCUUGGAUGGGUGACUUCCGCGAGUUGAUGACUGCUCUUUCCUGCCGCACUUUCGUCGGCUACCACAUGUCGGAUGAAAUUGUUCAGAAGGUCGCCGAUGACUACUACCUCAUUACCGCUGCACUUGAAUUGGUCAACUUCCCCAUCAUCAUCCCCUACACCAAGACUUGGUAUGGAAAGAAGGCCGCCGAUAUGGUUAUGGACGAGUUUGCCAAGUGCGCUGCUAAGAGUCGUGCCAACAUGGCCGCUGGUGGCGAGGUCACCUGUAUCAUGGACGCGUGGAUCAAGGCUCAGCAGGAUUCAGCCAAGUACCGUGAGAAGGUGGCUAAGGGCAUUGAGGUCGACUCCUCUGAGAAGCCUGCCCAGGUGUUGCGUGACUUCUCCGACUUUGAGAUUGCCCAGACCCUAUUCACCUUCCUCUUUGCCUCUCAGGAUGCUACCAGCUCCGCCGCCACUUGGCUCUUCCAGCUGAUGGCCGACCGCCCCGAGAUCCUCGACAAGGUCCGUGAGGAGAACCUGAAGGUCCGCAACGGUGACCGCAAUGUUCCGAUCUCCAUGGAGCUGCUUGACAACCUGCCAUACACCCGUGCUGUUGUCAAGGAGACCCUCCGCUACCGUCCUCCUGUCAUCAUGGUCCCCUACCUUGUGAAGAAGGACUUCCCCAUCACCGACAAGAUCACUGUUUCCAAGGGGUCCAUGAUCAUCCCCUCUGUGUGGCCCGCCACUCACGAUGAGGAGGCCUACCCUAACGCUGACUCUUUCGAGCCUGAGCGCUGGAUCACCGGCGAUGCUGAGCAACAGAGCAAGAACUGGUUGGUCUUCGGUACCGGUCCCCACUACUGCCUGGGUCAGACCUACGCCCAGCUGGCCCUGAUGGCCAUGAUUGGCAAGGCCAGUCUUGAAAUGGACUGGAAGCAUACCCCCACCCCUCUCUCCGAGGACAUCAAGGACGACUGCCUGCUGGAGUUCCGUCCUCGUCCAUAA